AUGCCUCCAAUGGCAUUGUCCCUGUGGUCUCGCGGCUGCGAUGGAGAUGAGAACUCCUCGUCCUGCGAGAAGCCUGUGAAUAACUUCACCAAGAGUGGAAUUCCCGCCAUCAUUGCUGGGAUUUUGUUCCUGGGCGCAGCCGGCGUCUGCUGUUAUUUCCUCUAUCGCAAUAAGAAGCGAGAUGCCGAAGAAGCAAAGGCGGAUCAAAAGUGGCACCAAAGCGACCUUUAA